GCGCGACACCGAUCUAUAACGAUGAUUACCGAUUAAACCGAAUUGAGCUUAGGUGUUCAUACAUCAAGUGCGUCUUUACGUAAACCGCGUCUUUAUGUGCAAUCGUGUGGAAUUAAAAUAAAGCUGCACGAUGUCAGAAACGACUUACGAGCACAGGGAAAUAUCUGCGCCAAGGGUCAGCAAAUUCAACGUCUAUAUUCAGGGCGACUUAAAGCACAGUUAUUUCGUCAUUCUGACGGUACAUGACCUGGGAUGCAAUCAUCUCAGCUGGAAGGCGUUUCUGGAGCAUGAGUCGAUGACAAACCUCGCUAGCAGAGCAGCCUUCAUUCAUGUGGACAUUCCUGGACAGGAGGAUGGGGCCCCCAGUCUGCCAUCAGAUUACACGUUUCCCAGCCUGCAGAGUCUUGGAGAAGACCUGGUCUGUGUCCUUGACCAGCUGGAUGUGAAGAAUGUGGUAGGGCUUGGAGAGGGUGCAGGAGCCAACAUCCUGGCACGCUUUGCUAUGGCCCAGCCUAACCGUGUCCUAGGGGUGUGUCUGAUCCACUGUACGGGAACCACAGCAGGAUUCAUGGAGUCACUCAAGGAUAAGAUCCUGGGUUGGAAGCUGGACCACAUUGGCAUGAACCCAUCAGCGGAGUCAUACCUUGUCCUGCACAGAUUUGGAUCUUUUGACAAGGCUGAGAGCACAGAUGAGUUGAACAACGUGCUGGACAGCUUCCAGAACUCGCUCAGGUCAAAGAUCAACCCACAGAAUCUCAACAAAUAUGUGCAGGCCUUUAUGAAGCGUUCCAACAUCACAGAAUCCAUCCAGAAGAUUAAGUGCCCCGUGCUGAUGGUUACAGGGGACCAUGCCUCGUUCAACCACACAGUGCACACACUCUACUCCGCCAUGUCCCAGAAAAUGGACAAGGGCAAGAUCGAGCUGCUGGAGAUAGAGGGCGUGGCUAACGUCAUUGAGGAGCGGCCUGAGAAACUUGCCGAAAGCUUCCUGUACUUCUGCCAGGGUCUUGGAGUCGUGGGUGGAGUGCCGAUGCCCCGUGUCUCACGAUCCGGCUCCAUGGACGCAGACCUCUCCAGGCUGAACAUGCGGACCCGCAGUAUGUCCAUGGAAGAGGCCGACCUACCCAAGGGAGUCUACUCUACCAGCCCUCCCAGUCGUAUCAAUAGGAUGAAACAGGUGUCCGGUAGUGACGUGAAACUAAAAGUGGUGUAAGAGGGAUGAUUGUUCAAUGUUCUUUCAUUGUUUUGGCAGUUUGUGCUACAUGCUAAUCUUGAAUAAAGCUUAUGUUUCAUAAUAAAAUGAUGUCAUUAUAAAUUAGCUAGAUUCUCAAUACAAUCUUAACAAGAAGAUGUUUAUUAACAUAUUUUAGGAUUAGCAUUUAUAGUGUUGACCUUGUAUUGUUUGAUUUUCAGUUGCAUUUCCAGUUUUUACUGUCUAAACGGAUGUGGCAGUUAUCUAGAAUACAUUGCAUUGCUUUAACAUGGUUUCCUUGUAGAUCUCAAUGUACCCUUGCCAAAAAUGUGUUGUCUGGGAAAUUAGAUAAUUUUUCCACUAAAUAUUGUUGUUUGUAAAAGUUAAAAUUUUAUUUUUUAUGAGUUAUACAGUUUGAAUUCAAUUAUUGGGUACUAUAAUGUGUCAAUUACCGUAAACACAUUUUUAAAACACAUUUCUCUUUUUAUGCCUCCACUUUACGAUGGGGGCAGGCACAAAGAAUCACUCUUGUCUGUCCAUCCUUCUGUUUGUCCCACUUUUUAGCUCACCUGAUUGCCCAUGUGAGCUUUUGUGACCGGUCUUGUCCGUCGUCCGUCUGUCCGUCCACAUUUGUUUGUUAACACUCUAGAGGCCACAUUUAUUGUGCGAUCUUUAUGAAACUUGGUUUUGAAGAUUUGUCUCAAUGAUAUCUCGAUCGAGUUCGAAACUGGGUCAUGCCGUGUCAAAAACUAGGUCACUAUGUAAAAAAAACACAAAAAAACUUGUAAACACUGUAGAAGUCACAUUUCAUGCCAAAUCUUCAUGUAACUUUGUCAAAAUAUUUGCCUUAAUGAUAUGUUGGUUGAGUUCAAAAGUGGUUCCGGUCCGUUGAAAAACAUGGCCGCCAGUGGGUGGGGCAGUUUUCCUUAUUUGACUAUAGAGAAACCUUGUAAACACUCUAGAUACAUUGGUUUUAUUGAUUUCUCAAACAAGUUGGAAAAUGGCUCAGAUUGGUGAAACACACUUUUUAUCUCACCUGAUUGCUCAGGUGAGGUUUUAGGAUUGGUCUUUGUCCGCCGUCCGUCCACAUUUGGUUUGUAAACACUCUAGAAUUCACAUUUCUCAAGCAUUCUUUAUCAAAGUUGCUGAAAGAUCUCAGUCAAUUUUGAUAAUGAGCAAAAUCACAUAAUUAAUGCCAUAAUUAUUGCCCUUAGAUUGUCUAAAUUUUCAUUAUAUUAUGCAAAAUCCUUGUAAACACUAUAGGUCACAAAUUUGUUUCAGAUUUUAUGAAUCUUGGUCAUAAUAUUUAUUUUCGUAAGCAAAGUUUGAUGUUUGGUUAGGGGGGGGGGGGGUCAACACAAAAUAAAGAUAACCAGGUCAAAUCUUACAAAAACAAAAACACUCCAUGCGCCAGAGUUUUGUUUUAAAUAAUGACGAAACUUGACCCGGAUGUUUGUCUGGGCAUUAUCUAGGUAAAAUUUACAUUUGGUAAAGAUUGAAUGAACCUACUCCUCUCAGGUGAGCGAACUAGGGCCAUUUGGUUCUCUUGUGCAUGUCUAGCGUAACUCAAAAAGAAUUGGUGCUGGAGUGAUGAAACCAUGCAAUUAAAGUAAUCAGCAUCUUGCGCAUCUUCAUAUUUGUUUGUUUUGUGUAUUUGUAGUUUUAGACAAAACAGGAAUAUGGGGGCAUCCAUGUCGUUCUGGCACGUUUAAAGUUUUGUCAGAAUUACAUUUAUGACAUAAAUAUUUUGUGAAAAUUAUCUUAUUAACUGUUGUUUCUUCCAUACGCUACUUCCAUUUUAUGUUCAAUUUUGGAUGCUGUAGACUGUUACAAAAAGUUACAAGUGAGUGUGAAAAUGUGUUAUACGAUGAUGAAACGUAUCACAGAUAUAGCAUUUUCACACUGAACCAUUAUUUGUAGUUUCUGACAUGCUGCCCUGUCUGUGUAAGGUUAGAUCUGUUGGAACAUGGCCGCUGAUAUUGCACAACACCAAUAGACAUAUGUUGUCGCCCCGCAACUACCAAAGCUCGCAUUCCUUCGCUUAUUCUUAAAUGAAAUAUAAGCCAAUUAACUCUAUCAAUGUUAUGUCAAUAGGUCACAGGAUAAUUAUGCUUUAUAUAUUAGGGAAUCAAAUUCAAAAAGGAUGUGUCCAAGGAUCAAAGCAGAAAUAUGCAAAGUAUAUUAGUUUAUUAAAUUCAACUUUAAUAUGUCAAUCGGUAACAACACAAUUAUCGGCUAAAUAUCAGCCAGUCAAAUUCAAAGAGGAUGGAUGAAUGAGGCAGAGCAGAAAAACAGAAAUUAUGUUAGCAAAUCAAUUGUGAAUAGGAUUUGUCAAUGGGUAAGAGUACAUAGAUGCCUAGUAUAUGCCAUAUUACAGUUACCAGUAUGUAGUAAAGGUUUUACUUAGUCUAAAGUUUGAUGGAAUUCAGAGACACUGUAAUCAUUAAACAAAUGGUAGAGGGUAACCUACUCUGCGAUUUCACUCAUUAAUGAUUUGAUGUAAAUGUGCACAUUUCACUGAAAAAAGUUUGCUCUAUGGAAACCGAUAUUAUUAACGACAUUAAUACCUUUCAUGGGUUAAUAUUUCAUAUUAUCAGACUCUGGUUUAGCUUGAGAAAGUUCUUAGUCAUAGGCAUUGUUCCUAAGCUUGUUUGAUGUUUUUACUUUUUAAGUUUUAUUCCUUGCAGUAGCUGAACAGUAGUGCUGUGAUUAACAGUUACCAUGACGACAUGUAGCACGUGUGUUCAUAAAAAUGCAUCAGUAACCGUUAUGUGGUCAUCUGUUAUCUAGUCAGUAUGUGAUGCAUGCUUUAGUUUCCACACUUUACCUUGAAGAAAACUGCAAAAGACAUAACUUUUAGAAAUGUGUGUAACGUCAUAUGACAAACUUUCAAUUUAUGUGUAGUUUAUGAUUCUUUUAAAAUGUUCCUCUGUGCUUUUGUUUGUAAUAAUUUCAUGAAAAUUCUGAGCUUACAUUAUAAUAAUGCUUGGAAUUAUAAAAUUCAUUGACAUGAUUUAACAUUUAAAACUUUAUGUCUGCAUUUAGGAACAUUCCUCUUUUGAUAAGAGUGUUUUGAUUAAAUCAUUGUAUUGAUGUUAAACAAGUGAAGCAGCAGUGUUUCUGGUCAAACAUGCAAAGACCUUGUGCUUUGUUUAGAUUUGUGUAUUCAGGGUUAUUACUAACACUGUAUAUAUUUCAAAGUCACAUGUAUUUCUAGUAAUUAAAUAAAUGGUUCCUUACACAG